AAAUAAAACGCACUUCCCAACCGCUCAGUUCCUCAUCUAUUAUCAUCGAAGACCUUGUACCGUACAAAAACUUAAUAUUUAAACUGUGAGUAACUAAGUGGUUAUGCAUCACAACAAAAAUCCAUAACCUAAUCUCGGUGCUAAAAAAACAAUUCCGUCCUUGAUUAACAACGCUCCAUUCACUUGGAAGUUUAGAUAAUAUUUAUCAAACUUAUCAAGAUAUCGCAACACCUGUCUUGAACUUUUAAUCCUCAGUUCUACUAUCACAGUGACAAUGGAAAUCUUCGACCUUCUCUAUUACGUAACUUUAUUCUUCAUACCGAUCGCACCGUAUUUCAUAUUUUUUAAACAUACCACGAACGGCCGAUUUUACACCAACAGGGACUGGCUCUACCUCUUCAAACUACUCGUCGCAACGCCCGCCAUCAAAAAAUACCAACGGAAAUGCAGACAAUCGCUCGACGAAGGAACCCGAAAGUCGCUUGAAAACCCCAAAAAAAUCAAAUCUGACAUUUACGACGACAACCACUUCAUCUACGGUGUGGACCAAAAUGGCAACAGUUUGUCGCUACGAAUAACCCUCCGGGCCAAUCUAGUCGCCGAGGUAUUUCUUUGUUUGCGUCUGACAACAGGCGCCAUCUACACAUUCCCCGGUGAGAAAAUCACCCGGCUUUACAGCAUAUCGAGCUGGCGAUGGAAAACCAAAGACUUACACGUCGAAAUCCUCGAACCCUUCAAGCGACUCCGCGUCACCUACAACGGUCUUCUAAGCAACGCCACCCACGACGUCGAACACGUUCGAUUCAGUUUCAUAUGGGUGGCCGCCGGCGCUCCCCAGUUCUACCCACAGGACGCCGCUACUGGACUUCUUGCUGACGCUCUAGCCAGACACCCAUGGAGGGACGGUAGCUGGAUUUCGCUCUUAGGUGACGAAAGAGGCUAUGAGCAGUUCGGAGCCUUGAAGGGUUUCGUCAAGGGCGACUCGUUCGCGGACGACCUCUUACUAAAUUUGCCUUCGUGUCGGACCAGGUAUUGGUGCACAGCGGAAAAGUUGGCCAUGCAAAGGAGCGUUCAUUUGUUUGUGGCGGGGAGAGACGGCGCGCUGAUUAGUUUGUGGAUUAAAGAGCUGCAGAAGGGGUGCAAAGAACUACAAUACGGAAACGUCAUCAUGAACAAUGGGAAGGUUUCACCAAUCACCAGUUCCGACGUUCGGCUGGAAUUUUUGGGACAACAGAGAAGUCUCCCAUCUGCCUUUGCAAUACACGUCCAAGCAAACAAAAAAACCUACAGGACUGUAUUUCACCUAAAAACCAAGAAAACCAUCACUACUUCCAUAGCCAACCCCGACUAUCUCGCGCCCGAAUUGUCAAACAGCCCGGCCGACUGCGACCUAAACACCCAACAAGCCAAAUCAUUAGUCGAAUUCUGGUACCGCGGCAAGAGCGAAACGCGUGACCAACUACCCCCACCCCUCAUAACCGAAAACAAAACCCAACACCUACCCAGCUGCUACGUCACCAAUUUCGACGACGACGAUGCAAAAAUCGUGCGUCUAACCGGAGGAAAGGGAUGCUCGUUGGCCCUCUUGACAGCUUUAAAAUCCGACGACUUUGUGGUUCCGGGCGGCUUCGUCGUCACCGUUAACGCCUUCAACAAACAACUCGACGUCAACUUCAACAUGAAGAAGACUGUAGCGAUCCUUGAUGAUAUUUGCUGCGGCCGCACUAGUGGCGACCUCGAACACGCCUGCUCCCUGACUGUGAAAACCGUCCAAUCCGAGGCGAUGCUCCCAGAAAUCGCGGACGCUAUAAUCCGCGCGUUGCGUCACGUGCGUAAAGACGACAUCAUCUCCGAAGAGGCCUGGGCCGUACGGUCGUCGGCCGUCGGUGAGGACUCCGAAGAGUUGUCAGCCGCCGGUCAAAACGAAACCUUUCUCGGGUGCACCACCCCCGACGACGUCAUUAAAUCAGUCUCCGCCUGCUGGGCGUCUCUUUUCACGUAUCAGAGCGUCAAGUACCGCCACCAACACGGCUUACCCAUCGCCACUCAGAUGGCCGUGGUCGUUCAACGCAUGAUCCCCGCCGACUGCGCAGGCGUGCUCUUCACGUGCCACCCCUCCACCGGAAGCCCCGCCCAGAUCGUGAUCACGGCCAAUCACGGCCUGGGUGAGAGCGUGGUGUCGGGUCGGAGCGAGCCCGACACCGUCAUUCUCGAACGCACAUGCGACAACGACGUCACAAUCAAGUCCAAGGCGCUGGGGUCGAAAAAAACGAUGAUCAAGAUGGUGGAAGGCGGAGUCGAGGAGGUGGACGGAGUGGAGGAGUUUAGUGUGACGGAUAACCAAGCGCUGGAGUUGGGGCGAGUGGGGGUGCUGUUGGAGGAGAAGUUCGGCGGUGCGCGUGAUAUAGAGUGGGGGUAUUUCCAGGGGCGGCUCUUUUUGUUACAAGCGCGGCCAAUUACGACGUUGCACACGUGGAGCAAUUUUGAGUUGACGCAUGAGUACGACGUGGCAACGUUGAGUGAGGAUAUGGUGUAUAGUAUUGCUAAUACUGGAGAGGUGUUGCCUGGGGCGAUUUGCGUCCUUACGUUGUCGACACUGGUCAGAUGCCUUGACACGGCAAUACAGAGAGGGAUCGAGGACAAAGAUGACCCCUAUGCGUUCAAAUGUUUAUCCACUUUUCAACACCACUUGUUUAUUGACGUCAUCAGCGGCGUUCACAGGAGGGUCGAAAAGACGAUCACCUUGUCGCAAAAAAUUCUCGAUUUGGCCAUUUUUGGACACCCUAUAAUUGACGAAAACAUCCAUUCGUUGGCUCUGGCGCGGUUUGGGGUAACCAGUGGUCGAGAACAACUUCGAGAACUUUUAAUUGCGAUCAAGAUCGCGUGGCGAAAUGAAGAUAGCGCCAAACUUUCGAAGUACUUGGCGAAAACUAUAGACAUAAACAUUGACAAAGAACGAGACACUCUCAAGGACGUUUACGUCAAAAUUAGUGACGUUUUUGACACUGUUGUGCAACUAGUUGAUCUUCACUGUUGUACUACAAGAACUUCCAUCACUUAUCAGAUUUUCGCCAUGAUGGUUUUAGCUGAAGGUCGUCAAGACUUCACCACUGAUCACUAUAACGACGUCGCCAUGUUGUUAGCGUCGUGCGAUGAAGUGGUUUCGGCCGAAAUCCCCAACACUCUUGCCAACAUAACCACAAUUUUAGUCAAAAGUAACCAAACGGACGAAUUUGUUAAAGUGCCACCACACGAGGGUGAAAAGUGGCUGAAAAACAAUUCCCCGGAAGCGAGUGACGCAUUAGACAAAUUUCUCAAGAACCACGGCCACAGAGGAGUGCGCGAGUUUGACAUGUACUACAAAACCUGGGGCUUGAACCCCUCCGACGUCAUCAAGAUGAUCCAAACCAACUGCAAAAAACCCACCUCCAGACAAGAAAAAGUCACCAAAUCAGUCAACGACGUCAUCGCCGCUUUAGUAACCCCCAAGAAAUUCCUCACUCGGAAAAUCUUAAAGUUCCUAGUAACAAAGAGUAGGCGUGCCGUCGGUUUGCGCGAACAAACCAAAUCCGAAACCAUCCGAUUCGUCAACAAAGUACGAACCGCUUACACAUUUCUGGGACACAAAAUGGCGCUCGCCGGGCUGAUCCCCGACGCCGACCUGAUCUACCACUUGACGCACUACGAAAUUGGUCAAAUCUUGGGAGGCUGUGACCGCAGUCCGGUCCUGAUCAUCAAGGCGCUGAAACGUCAGAAGUUGUAUCCGAAGUGGGACCAUUUGAAAUUUCCCGAAGUGUCCUAUGGGGUUCCCCGUCACGAAAGCCGCGAUUUUAUACCCAGGACUGGAGUGGGAAAGGUUAAGUGUGAAGGGACGCCCGUUUGUGCCGGAGUGGUGCAAGCGAGGGCGUGCGUCAUCACGGAUUUAAGCGAGAUCGACCAAUUGCGUGAAGGCGAUGUGUUAAUCACGUAUUGCACUGACAUAGGGUGGUCACCGUAUUUUCCAAUGUUGGGAGGGAUUGUCACGGAGCUCGGAGGCUUAGUUUCACAUGGUGCGGUGAUAGCGCGUGAAUAUGGACUACCGUGUAUUGUAGGGGCCAAAGGGGCCACCAAAACGUUCAAAACUGGAGAUAACGUAGUUCUUUCUGGAAAAACGGGCACUAUAGAAUUAAUUUAAUUGUUCUUGUUUUCGUUGAAAAUAAUGUUGUACAAGAAAAAUAACGGUUUUUAUUAAGUGUAUUAGUCAAUAUCACAAUUCUAUCUAA